GUCCUAUUUGUUAAUUAAUUCUAACUGUGAACUCUUGCACAUAACGUGUUUGUAUGCUCCCAGGUAAUUUAUCCGAGGAUGAGUCAGCCCACUUACUCGGCCGCGGCGCUGGACCCCACAAGUCCCGGGACAAGACGAUGCCAUGGCAAUCCCUCGAGGCGUCAACCAAUCGCAACAUCUUAUAAUGAGCGUCGCGAGGAGCCUGUGCUGGGUGGUAGCCGUGUCGGCAUGCGCGGCCAUGCACAGCGGCGGCGGCGACCGCAACUCCAUAGGGAGAGAGUUCGACGCAAACCUCACAGACCAUCUCGAGGCCAUAAACGGCACGCCAAACUACAGACUGAUAAAGCCAGACAGAAACACGCAGUGGUACCCUUCUACGGGGGAAAUCAAGAUCGACUACUGCGUGAGACAAGCCAAAUGCGAGCAGCUAAUCAACAGAACUUGCCUGGGCGUCGAACUGCCCUAUGACCAAACUAGCGUCCAUCUAACGUUCUUCCGCACGCAGCAAGAGAUCCAAAAUCAAUUGCAACUAUAUACACAUUUGAUAAAUGUGCCAAAAUGCUGGGCCGUUAUACAGCCCUUCCUGUGCUCUACGUUCAUGCCUAAAUGCGAGAAUGUAUUAGGCAAAGACAUGGUGUAUUUACCGUCGUUCGAGAUGUGCAACGUGACGAUGGAGCAUUGCGCGCUCCUCUACAACACCUCAUACUUUCCGUCCUACUUGAAGUGCAACGAGACGCUGUUCCCGCCGAAGUGCGAGAACCCGGCGAAGGAGAAGAUGAAGUUCAACACGACCGGCAAGUGCUUGCCGCCGCUCAUACACACUGAGAAACCGUUACAUUUUUAUAAAGGUAUACCAAACUGCGGGCUGCCGUGCCAGGAUCCCCUGUACACUGAGGACGAGCACCAGCAGAUCCGGCGGCUGGUAGCGUGGGGCGCGGGCGGCUGUCUCGCGCUCAACCUGCUCACCGUCGCCACUUUCCUCAUCGACUGGCGCAGCGCUAACAAAUAUCCUGCGCUAGUUAUAUUCUACAUUAAUGUGUGCUUCGCUGUAGCUAACAUGGGAUGGCUAGUUCAGUUCGGCAUUGGGUCCAGAGACGACAUAGUGUGUUCUAAAGACGGCACCAGGCGGCAGGGCGAACCGUCCGCCGAGGAGAAUUUGUCGUGCGUUGUUGUCUUCGUUCUUGUGUAUUACUUUAUGAUGGCAGCUUGCGUUUGGUUCGUGAUAUUCACGUAUGCGUGGCAUAUGAGUUUUCGAGCAUUAGGUAAAAUCCAAGACCGAAUAGACAAGAAGGCAGCAUACUUCCACCUAGUAGCAUGGUCUCUACCACUCGUACUGACCAUCACUACCAUGGCCUUCGGGGAGGUUGACGGCAGCAGCGUCACGGGCAUCUGCUUCGUGGGCUACGUCAACCACCCCAUGCGGGCUGGCCUACUGCUGGCGCCGCUACUGCUGGUGCUGCUGCUGGGCGGGUACUUCCUGCUGAGAGGCGUAUUCUCCCUCAUAGCGGUGCGCGUGUCGAGCAAAGACGUGAUCUCCGCUCGGGCGGCCAACAAGAUCCGGCAGACCAUCACGCGCUGCUCGCUCACGGCGGCGCUAGUGGCCAUCUUCAUCUGCGUCACCUUCGCCUGCCAUCUCUACGAGUUCCGCAACGCUGAAUUUUGGAAGGAAUCUUUUAAGAACAACAUCAUCUGCCGCUUGGAAGCGUUGAGCUUCGGCCGGCUCUGCUCGGCGGGCGCGCGGCCGUCGCUGUCGGUGCUGCAGCUGCGGCUGCUGUGCUGCUUCGCGGCCGGCGCGCUCAUGGCCUCCUGGACCUGGACGCCCGCCGCCGCCGCCGCCUGGCGCCGCUACCUCGCCAGGAAGUGCGGCUGCUCGGUGGAAGCGGAGACGACGCGGCGCGCGCGCAAGCACGAGCUGAUCGCGCGCGCGUACCGCCGCCGCGGGGAGUUCGCCGCCCGGGGCCGUUUAUCCAUCAGCCUCGGCGGCUCGCGGCAGGACCCCGUGGGGCUGUGCCUCGACCACACCGAGCCUAUCGACUACCCCGACAACAAGCACGAGAGUUGCGAGCUGUCUUCAUCUUGGGCGGCGAACCUGCCGCGCUUCGUGCGCCGGCGCGACGCGCUGGUGCUGCCGCCCGCGCACGCGUCGCUAAGCUCCACGCCGGACCGGCGCCACUCGCAGGACUCGCAGAUCAGCAUCAGCCUGCGCCACGUGUCCGUGGAGUCGCGCCGCAACUCGCUCGACAGCCAGCUCUCCGUCAAGAUAGCCGAGAUGAAGACCAAGGUCGCCCGCCGCCGCACCAAGCAUGGCAAGACUAAACGCAAGGCGCGAUCUGUGAGGAAAGAAAGCACGCCGUCUAUAGAGAGUCAGAUCAGCCGCUACUGGCUGCAGGCUGUGGCGGCCAACAACGACCCGGCCCGCGAAGAGGUCAAGUUUAGCUUCGAUUGACCCGAUAUACCAAAGCGAUGACUUAUUUAGUGCGUCCAUCAGUAUAAGGCACCUUUUGAUACAAAAAACUG